UUUCAAAUCUAGGGUUUUGUUCUUAUUUCACACCUGCUACCUUUCAAUCCUAGCUCCCCUGUUACUACCUCAGCUUCUGAUUCUUCUGCAUUUUACUUUUCCUCUUCUGGGUCUCUGUGGGUGCCUCUGUUCCAGCUCUGACUUCACUUUGUUUCUCUUGUUUUCUUGCUAAAGAUCAAAUUUUUACUUGGGUUUUUAGAUUCUUCUCAACUUGAAGCAAAACCCUUCUAGAAUCCCAGUUCUAGGAGCUCACUGGGUUACUCUAUCUUGAAGAUUUGGGGCUAAAGUUCUGAUCUUUACCCCCUCUUUUUGAUUUUGAGAUUUCCAAAAUUGGGGAGAAGCUUUAAAGGUUUAAGCUUUCUUGGUAAAUGCAUGGAUGGGAGAGAAGCCAUGGCCAUCUCUGGUGCUCAAGCUUCCUACUACAUCCAUAGGGGAGGCCAUGGUGGGUCUUCACCUGGAUCACAGAUUGCUGGGUUGCAUGCACCACCUGGGUUCAGACCCAACAACAACGCUACCUUUCAGCAAGCUCAGUCUAAUGUGAGAGCCACCUCUGUGGGAUCAACAUUCUCAGCAGAGCCUUCUAGACCCAAUUAUCCUCAUGGCAUUAGCAUGAGUGGUUCUCCUGGAGCUCCUUCGAGUGAGCCUGUGAAGAAGAAACGAGGGAGGCCCCGGAAAUAUGGGCCUGGUCUUGGUUCCGGUCAGGGUCAGGGUCCUGAUGCCCCGGUUUCGCUGGCAUUGUCUCCAUUGUCUUCAACUCCUAAUCCUACUCCAGGAUCAACCUCACCGACCCCGAAAAGAAACAGGGGAAGGCCACCUGGGACCGGCAGGAAACAACAGUUGGCUAAUCUUGGGGAAUGGAUGAACAGUUCGGCUGGACAGGCUUUUGCACCCCAUGUUAUCACCAUCGAAGCUGGAGAGGACAUUGUAGCAAAAUUGUUGUUAUUUUCACAACAGAGGCCUAGGGCACUGUGUGUCUUGUCAGGAAAUGGAACAGUAUCUUCAGUAGCACUGCGUCAGCCUGCAUCAACUGGUGUCAGUGUCACAUAUGAGGGUCGUUUCCAGAUAUUAUGCUUGUCAGGUUCUUACUUGGUUGCGGAGGAUGGUGGCCCGCGCGAUCGAACAGGGGGCAUAAGUGUUUCCCUUUCUAGUUCUGAUGGUCAUGUCAUUGGUGGUGCUGUGGCUAUGCUUAUUGCAGCCUCUCCAGUGCAGGUUGUGCUUUGCAGUUUUGUAUAUGGUAGCUCCAACAAGAUCAAGAGCAAGCCGCUGCCUGGCCCCAAUAAUGGGGAGAGUUCUGAGCCUCAGCACAGUGAGAAACUACCUUCACCGACAACAGCUCCAUCUACUCAAAAUUAUGCUCCAUCCACAGCAGGUAUAUGGCCUGGUGGGCGGCUAGUUGAUGCAAGAAAUGCUCACACUGGUAUUGACUUGACUCGCGGAUGAAGAUAAUGCUGCAACAGACACAUGCACCAGUUUUGUAUAUAUGUGUUGUUGUAAAUCAACUGAAUCUCUGAGAAUUGUAACAUUACAACUCUUGUUCACCCACUAGUGGGUAACAAGUCUGUGCUAACAUAAUCUGUAGCAAAAGCUAUGAUCCCGAGGGUUAUUUUAGCAACAUUACGAACUCAUUGAGGAAGUUUCAGUUAGUGUGAGGUCCAAGUAGUGUGGCGAUUAAGACACUCAUCUCAUCUGUAGCAAAGAAAUUCUUUCAGCCUUUUGGUUGAAACUUCAUAUGAAAUCAAAAAUGCUUAUGCAGUAGUUCUCAAUCC